AUGAUGUCACCCUUCAAUGGUUCCUGCUUCAACCCUGCAACAUUCCUCCUCGUUGGCAUCCCCGGGCUUGAAUCCUUGCACAUGUGGAUCUCGGUCCCCUUCUGCUCCAUGUAUGUCAUUGCCCUCCUGGGGAACUGCACCAUCCUCUUCAUCAUCAAGACAGAACAGAGCCUGCAUGAGCCCAUGUACGUUUUCCUCUCCAUGUUGGCCAUCAUUGACCUGGUCCUCUCCACCUCCACCAUCCCCAAGCUGCUGAGCAUCUUCUGGUUUAACACCUGGGAAAUCAGCUUCAGUGCCUGCCUCCUCCAGAUGUUCGUCAUUCACUCCUUUUCCACCAUAGAGUCUGGGAUCUUCGUGGCCAUGGCCUUCGACCGGUAUGUGGCCAUCUGCAAGCCCUUGAGACACAAAACCAUCCUAACCAAUGCGAUCAUCAUGGCUAUUGGGCUUGCAGCCGUGACCCGCGGAGUACUGUACAUCUUCCCUCUGCCCCUGCUCACCACACGGUACGCGUGCUACCGGACCAAUGUCAUUGCCCACUCCUACUGCGAACACAUGGCUGUGGUGAUGCUGGUGUGUGAAGACAUCACCAUCAGCAACCUCUAUGGCUUGGCCAUUGGCUUCUUAGUGCUGGUCAUGGACUCGCUUGUCAUCCUCCUGUCCUACGUCAUGAUCCUGCGAGCCGUCCUCCGGCUUGCCUCCAUUGAUGCCCGCCUCAAGACUUUCAGCACCUGCAUCUCCCACCUCUGUGCCAUCUUGGCUUUCUACACACCCAUUGUGGCAUCAUCCAUGACGCACCGCUUUGGGCGGCAUGUGUCUCCUCACAUUCACAUCCUGCUAGCCAACUUCUACCUCCUUGUGCCGCCCAUGCUCAACCCCAUAGUGUAUGGUGCCAGGACCAAGAAGAUACGGCACAGGGUGCUCAAGCUCUUGUGUCCCAGGAAACACUUCCUCUGA